AUUUUUUAUUUUAUAAUAUAUGUUUGUAGUUAUGAUAUGAUUUGUGUUCAUGUGUGCUGAUUUUUAAAUUAUUAUAAUAGUUUUUGCCCUGGAUUUAAUGCAAUAAAAAGAAACACCGGUCAAAUGUUAAGUUAAAUAUGUUAUAUUUAACUUAACAUUAUUAAAAUAUAUUAUUUUUACAUAAUGAAUUUGUUUUAUUUUAUUGAAAGAUUCAGCAUUUUCUUCUGAUCGUUAACAACAACAAAUGAACUUAUUUAAAGUGUGUGUCAGGUGCCUGUGGUGGAGGGGAAGAGCGUGCAGCAAACUGUCGACAUGCUGCAUAAAAAACUGGAGCAGCUGGGAGCCGUUAAACAGGGAAACUUCUACGUGGACUGCGAGACGUAUCACGCUACAGGAAACGCCACCGGUCAGCCUUCGAAGCUGCUGUAUGUGAUGCAUAAUUCAGAGACGCCGCUGAGCUGCAUGGCUCUGUUUGAGGGGGGACCGUGUCUGACCGCAGAUGCAAACUUUGACGUUUUGAUGGUGAAACUCAAGAGUCACUUCCAGAAUGCCAAAGGCCAUAAAGUGGAGAGCCGCGGCACCCGCUAUCGUUACUGCGACUUCCUGGUGAAGGUUGGCACCAUCGCUAUGAGCUCCAGCGCCCGAGGAAUUUCAGUGGAGGUGGAGUACUGUGCUUGUGUAAUCCCUGGUGAUUGUUGGAACCUCAUGAAGGAGUUCAUGCAGAGUUUUCUGGGCUUGAACGCCCCUGAGUUGCCUGCUGUGUUUAUGAAUAAACUGGACGCUCCGGUGGACUGCAUAGACACCAUGAGUCAGUACCUGGAGCUCUUCAGCAAAGUCCGCAAACAGCAAGUGCUGACCGCUAGCAGCGUACGGUGAAACCUUUGUGACAUUUCACCUGAACCCAACGGACAGUCCUGUAAGGAAAGAAGCUAUGUGACAAGAACAUUUCUCAUUGUUUUUUGGUCAAUUGUAAAAGCAUAUUUUCUCUUUUUUUUUUUUUUAGGUUCUGAAUGUUUGUACCUUUUGUAUUUGUAAAAAAAAAAAAAAAAAAAAAAUCAACUGUUUACUUUGGUUCAAUUGAAUUACUUCAAUAAUAAUAAUAAUAGAGGAUUUGUUCACAGUCAGUAAAUCAGUGCCUAUGUAGAAGUAUGUCACAUUUGCAUGUAACAAAUGAGGAACAGAUGACAAACAAAUGAUUGGCUGGAGACCAUGAUCAUGCUCAUGCAUAUUCAAAUGAGGCUUAAUGUGGCCGAAUCGUAUAUGUACAUAUCAAAUAAGUGCAUCCCAAGUCUAAGUAGUACAUCAGUACAUUGAAAAUAGUAUUCCGAAGGUGCCUAGAUAGUAUACUAUUUUCUGUGGAUUUUUGAAGUUUGCAUCUGUCAUAAUUUUAAAAGUACGAACCGAAGAGUUCAGUAAUAAUUAAUUUUAAGGCAAUAAACUUAGAUUGAUGGUGAUGCUAACAUGCAAACUUUACGCAACAAAGGAGUCUGUGGUAUCAAAACAAUCAUGAUGCGAUACUCUGUCCAAAUACUGGCAUACUAUCUUACUACACACUCAAAAGUAUGUACUUUACCAUCUAAAGUAUACAUGAUGUAUACUUUUAAGUGUGUAGUAGAAACAGAUGGGUUAACAUGGUUUUAGUGUGAUAAAAUCGCUUGCUAAAGUUCUCUGUGUAAAGUUAUAUCCAAUAUUAUAUCUUCAUUAACAUGUAUAAUGUUUACGUUUUGUGGAUAUACUAUGUGUAUAUUAAUGUUUAUGUACUGGCCCCAUUCACUUCCAUUGAAAGUGUCUCAUGAUUUUUCCUUAUACAUAUAUAUGUAUAUAUAAACAAGGGACUUGUCGAAAAUAUUAUCAGUGGUUAUCAACGUAACGUUGAUUGUGCAUAACUUGCAUUGAACCAGGACAAUUUUUUUUAAUUUUUUUUUAAUUUUUUUUGCUUUUUCAAAUACACUGAGUAUAAAGUGCAAAUAAAAUUCUCCUUU